AUGAGUUUGAGUGGUACACUAUCGCCUGCCAAUGGUAACCUGAGUUUUCUUCAAAAUCUUAAGCUCUCUGCAAAUAGCUUCACGGGAGGAAUCCCUCAAGAGAUUGGCUGGUUGUCAAGAUUGAGUACAGUAGAACUUAAUAACAAUUCCUUUUUGGGUGAAAUUCCAGCCAAUAUAUCAAGAUGCUUGAAUCUUGCAAAACUUCAUUUUGCUAGGAACAAACUUGUGGGAAGGCUUCCAAUGGAGUUCCAAUCUCUAUUGAGGCUUCAGUUUAUUUUUCUGUACUCGAACUAUCUAACAGGUGAGAUACCGGCUUUUAUUGGGAACUUUUCAUCCCUUCAAAGAUUCUCUUUGUUAGGAAAUAAUUUCCAGGGACAUAUUCCAGAUACUCUAGGCCGGUUAAGGAACUUAACAGUUGUUGCAUUUGCGACAAAUAACCUGUCUGGUAUUAUUCCUCCUUCAGUUUUCAAUUUGUCGUCUCUGAUUAUGAUUGAUGUGGCCCAGAAUCAAAUCGGAGGAGAUCUUCCAUCAGAUAUAGGCCUAAAACUUCCCAGACUCCAAUGGCUCAAUGUUGCACAAAAUAAAUUUACAGGAUCUCUACCUCAUUCAUUGUCCAACGCCUCACAGCUUGAGAUGCUCGCGGUCAGUUUGAAUGGCUUUACUGGAAAAGUACCCAGUUUUGGAGGGCUGCAGUUUCUGGGGCGGCUAUUACUUCAUAGGAACCAACUUGGAAAUGGGGAAGCAGAUGACUUGAGGUUUUUACCAUCUUUGAUCAAUGCUACCCAACUAGAAUGGCUACAUUUCUUGAACAACAAAUUAGGAGGGGUUUUGCCAAAAUCAGUUGGCAACUUUUCGAAGCUUACCAGUUUUUCCAUAGCACAAAAUUUCAUAUCUGGAAACCUACCCACCGAAAUAGGGGAACUAGUCAACUUACAGGGUUUAUAUUUGGGGCAGAACCAAUUCCAUGGUAGCAUUCCUGAUUCCAUUGGAAAACUUCAAAAGCUUAAGCUUUUCUCUGUCCAUCAAAACAAAUUAUCGGGGUAUAUUCCUGCUUCUUUGAGAAAUUUAACUACCUUGAUCGGACUUGACCUAGGCGUAAAUAAUUUACAAGGAAGAAUCCCAUCUAGUCUAGCAAAAUGCCAAUAUUUAUUGAUAUUGGAUCUUUCUCGGAAUAAUCUUAGCAGUUAUAUACCAAAAGAAAUUUUUGGCAUUUCUAGCUUAUCUCGCUCUCUGGACCUAUCCUACAACCUUUUAAACGGUUCCCUUCAAUUAGAACAAGGUGACUUAGGAAAUCUAGCUGUAUUGGAUGUUUCUGACAACAUGUUAUCUGGGACCGUUCCUCCAUCUUUAAGUUUUUUGAAAGGUAUUGAAGUUUUAGAUUUUUCUCACAACAACUUGACAGGCCAAAUUCCAGAAUGCUUAGAAAAUCUUGUGUUUCUACGGAAUCUAAAUCUGUCUUUUAACCAUUUUGAGGGUGAGGUGCCGCUAGGGGAAGUUUUCCAAAAUACAAGUGCAGUUUCAGUUGUUGGAAACAGUAAUUUGUGUGGGGGUGUUCCAGAAUUGCAGCUGCCUAAAUGCAGCAUCAAAGAAGCAUCGAGAAAACAUGGAAUGUCUUGUGCAAUAAAAUUAGCAGCACCAAUAUCUGGUGGGAUCUUGGUGCUAAUUUAUGUGUUGUUUUCUGUUUUUUGUUACAAAUGGAGAUAUGCAAGAAAGGUGUCUUGCUCUUUGUCAGCGGAUUCAACAAGGGAUACACUCCCUAAAGUGUCAUAUGAAACUCUUUAUAGGGCUACAGAUGGUUUCUCAUCAGCCAAUUUGAUUGGCUCAGGAAAGUUCAGCUCCGUGUACAAAGGAAUUCUUGACGGAACUAAAACUAUUGUUGCUGUGAAGGUACUCAACCUUAAAGCCCGAGGAGCUUCCAAGAGUUUCACGGCAGAGUGUGAAGCGUUGGGACUUCUCAGGCAUCGGAAUCUUCUGAAGGUUUUAACUUCUUGUUCCAGCAUUGAUUUUCAGCGCAAUAAUUUCAAGGGUCUUGUUGAGUUGAUUGCUCGUGUAGGCGAUUUUGGGUUAGCAAAGUUUCUUGCAGAGGCCACAACAACAUUUCCUUCAAGCCAAGCCAGCUCCAUAGGAAUAAUUGGGACCAUUGGAUAUGCUGCCCCAGAGUAUGGCAUGGGCGUGGAGGUUUCAACAUGUGGUGAUGUGUAUAACUAUGGAAUCCUCUUGUUGGAGAUAUUUACUGGAAAGAGGCCCACCGAUGACAUGUUUAACAAUGGUCUAAACCUUCAUAACUUUGUUAAGAUGGCUAUACCUGAAUGA